UAAGAAGUUCUAAGAAAGUGAUUAAAUCGCGAACGUUGAAGAAAAGUGAAAGCACUUUAACCGAUAGUACGACACAGAAUGGAACGAACGUGGAUUUAAUUCCGAACGAGAAUAUUAUCAGUACUAGCAAUUGUUCAAAUUUAAUUAACAGUGAUUCAUUGUUGAUAGAAACGCAUAACGAUACGGCUGGAAAAAUUCCAGAUGAUCAGAAAAUAAAUACGGCGAAACGAGCGUUGAUUUCGGUUAAAAAUCCGGUGACUAACGAGAUUAGGAAAAUGUUAGUGCCGAUCGAGAGCACAAACACUGGCAGAUUAAACGUGAUUAAAAAUAUCUUGAUACCUGUUUAUGAUAAAGGUGGCAUUAUAUCGAACAUGAAAAAGGUCGUGCUAUCUAUCAAGCAAAAAUCCAAUUUAUAUGAAACGUCAAAGGAAGACAAUAAAAUGUUAAUAAUUGAUAAUAUAAUGCAACAGAUGGGAAAUGUGCAAAAAGAGGACACGUCAACGAUAUCGAUCGAAAACGAAUUGAAAGUAUUAGAAAACAGAGAAUAUCUAGUGGUGCAAGUAGCAUUAAACGAAAGUAGAGUACAAUGUACUGAGUACAUUAAAGAUCAAAGUGGAAUGGAGGAAGACAAACACGCAAAGGAGAUCCUAUUAGACUUUUCGAAGGACGAAAUAGAAGAGAAAAAGCAAGAACAAGACGAGACAGAAUCACAAAAGUUUCCCAUCCUAGAAACCAAAGACGAGACAGAGUCACUAAAAUUUCGCGACCCAGAAACCGAAGACGAAGGGAUGGAUGAAAUUCUAGAAAACCUAGAAAUCAUCUGUCCAGUUUGUCAAAGGGUGUUUAAGAACGUGAUCUGUUUACAAAGACAUAUCCAUAGGUUUCACAAGAUGAUUCAUUCUUGUGACAAAUGUAACAAAUGGUAUCUAUCGAAAUUGUUCCUGGAAAAGCACAAGAUAACUCACGAAGACUGUCAGUAUUUACAAUGUCCUGUGUGCCAUUUAAAAUACAAGCGUGAAGCAGGACUAAAGUAUAAUCGCGUGCACAGCAACGUGGAGUUGAAGUUCAUGUGCGAUCACUGCGAACGUUUUAAAUUGAAGAUCGAUUUGGUUGGUCAUCACGUCUGUAAAAUUUGUGGUAGGAUUGUCAAGAACAUCACGCACCACAAAUGGCAGCACGACAAGGCUGUGAAAAGAAACGCUUUCAAGUAUAGUUGCGAUGUUUGCCGUGAAAAAUUCUCGACUCGUAACCACUUUGACAAUCAUCUGCUUAUGCAUAAGGAUGGUUUCAAGUGCACUUUAUACGACGAAGUUUUCUCUUCGCCGUAUUCUCUUUCUAGUCACAAGAUCAUGAGACAUAGACGUAGCUUGACGUGUACCAUUUGCGAGAGAUCAUUCCCUAGCACGACCAAUUUUUAUCAACACGUGCUCACUCACGAGGGUAUCAGACCUAAUAAAUGCGAUAUUUGUGGGGAAGAUUUCACGCAGAGAUUUAGUGUCUCGAGAUAUCGAAAGACUCAUCCUCCGUUUAGAGAAACCACGUCCAUAGCAGAUAUUGCGAAGAAUAUAUUGAUGAGACUUUCUAACGCUUGAAACGUGAAAUAUCGUAACGUGACUACAUUGUGGGUUUUAUCGUAGAAAAAUAACUUAAGAAAAAUUCGACUACAAGAAGACUUCUGAGAGUACCGAAAUGCUUGUGAAGAAAUAUACACAAGAGACACUGUAUAGAAUCUUGUUCUAUAUGGUAAUUAAUGAUAAAUACGAACCACAAAGAUUAUUACAUUUACGAAUUGAUUUUAUCGCUUCGUUAUAUCGAUGUUUACAGUAAGUCUAUAAUAAGUGUUAUUGAGACUGAUUGUAAUCGAAACGAAUAUUUUAAUAUUGUAUAGAGAACACGACAGAAAGAUUUGUCGACAAGUAUGAAUUUUAGAAGAAAUUAUGAUAGAUGCUUGUAUUUAAAGCAUGCUAUGUUUUAAUGCCCUUUAUUGUUAAUUGCUGUGAGAUGUCACUUUAUUUAAAUAAAGUUAAGCUA